AAUUGAGAGAGUUUGACUUGACUUGCAUAAAAAACAUGGGCUUCAGUAAUCAGUAGGCAGUAGCACCCACAACAUCAUCUAAAAAAUCAGGCAACAAAACUUCAACCAUUAAUAAACAUUUCCCUCUUUCUAUUUCUCAUUCCUUUCUCCCCUCUCUCAAUUCCUCUCAUUUCUCCAACAACAAUGUCAUCAACUUCUCUAAUUUCUUCACCAUUAUCUCUUCCGACAAAAACCCACUUUCAAAAUCCCCCUCAAAUUAUACCCAUUUCAAAUGCAUUCUCAUCCCCAAAUUUCUUUCCAAAGAUCCAAUCUUUAUCCAUCCAUAAUCAUAAACUACCACCUAUAUCAGCCAUGGCAAUUGAGAAAGAAACCCCGGAAACUGAAGCACCGCCAACAUUCCUUCGAGAAGAUUCUAAUCCAUCUGAUUCUGUAAGAGGUAGGUUUGAGAAGAUGAUAAGGGAAGUACAGAAUAAAGUUUGUGAAGCAAUUGAGGCUGCUGAUGGAGGUGGAAAGUUUAAGGAAGAUGUUUGGUCAAGACCAGGUGGUGGUGGUGGGAUUAGUAGAGUGUUGCAAGACGGUGCCGUUUGGGAGAAAGCCGGUGUAAAUGUUUCUGUUGUUUAUGGUGUUAUGCCUCCUGAUGCUUAUAGAGCUGCUAAAGCUGAUGGUGGGUCUCAUAAACCUGGUCCUAUACCUUUCUUUGCUGCUGGAAUCAGCUCGGUUUUGCAUCCAAAGAAUCCCUUUGCUCCAACUUUGCACUUCAAUUAUCGGUACUUUGAGACUGAUGCUCCUAAAGAUGCUCCUGGAGCCCCUCGACAAUGGUGGUUUGGUGGUGGUACUGAUUUCACUCCUGCCUACAUUUUUGAGGAAGAUGUUCGACACUUCCAUCAGGUCCAAAAAGAUGCUUGCGAUAAAUUUGAUCCUAGCUUUUAUCCUCGUUUCAAAAAGUGGUGUGAUGACUACUUUUACAUCAAGCACCGAGGGGAACGGAGAGGACUCGGUGGAAUCUUUUUUGACGAUCUAAAUGACUAUGACCAAGAAAUGCUUCUUUCUUUUGCAACUGAAUGUGCAAACUCCGUGAUACCCGCUUAUAUACCCGUCAUAGAGAAAAGAAAAGAUACACCCUUCACUGAAGCUAACAAGGAAUGGCAACAAUUAAGACGAGGACGUUAUGUAGAGUUUAAUUUGGUGUAUGAUCGAGGAACAACCUUCGGACUGAAAACUGGUGGUCGGAUUGAGAGCAUUCUGGUCUCUCUGCCUUUGACUGCUCGAUGGGAAUACGAUCAUAAGCCAGAAGAGGGCAGUGAAGAGUGGAAAUUAUUGGAUGCUUGCAUGAACCCUAAAGAAUGGUUAUGAAAGCCAUAAUGUGAUAAUGUCAACGUAGCACCACCGGCUUGAUAACUUUUUCCGACCCCCUUGUCGAGUGAGACUACCGGAAGGAAGCCGUUGUGAGAAAUGUGUGAUCCUUUUUGUUCAUAGCUUUGUGAUUGGCUUUUGUAUGGAAAGGGGCGUAAUGUAGAUUAAUUCUGAUAAUAGUUUAUGCAAUUAUAGAUGUAAUAACUAGCUGUGAAUCUUAUCAGAUUAGAACUGUCAUAACUUUUGUUAUGUUUUUAUUUCAAGCUGUGCUUAUUUUCAGAUCCUAAUCAUAGUUCUUAUAAGUGAGAUACACUUGGUACGAUGAUAAUAA